AUGUCGUCUCAGGACGUCCGAACCCAUAUACGCUAUGGGUUACCUGCACGGGAGAUGUCACCAGACGAGCAGCCCUGGGUGAUCAAACUGUUAAUAAUACUGCUUGGAUAUGCAAGCGUGAUCGUACCAACUUUUCUUCUCAUCUGCUUCAUCCGACGGAAAUAUGCAGCAUCAGAGCCAAGGAAUACGUUUGGAAGAUUUCUCCGGUCAUUUGCAAUUGGAAAUGAGAAUUAUCAAUUAUUGGAGACAACUACUGGGAAACAAUCCACGACACCGGAAAUGCGAAAUCUUUUAAAAGACGCAAUUAUGUUGCUGUUUUUCUUUUCUGGUAUUCAGUGUACUUUGGUGAUGAUGGGUUUUUUGCAAGAACGUAUCAUAACAAGAGGUUAUACGGUCCACAAUUCUUUGGUGGUGGACCAAUUUGGCGACGCACAAUUUCUGGUGUUCUGCAAUCGUGUUGUAGCCAUAUUCGUAUGCACAAUUGUCUUGAUGAUCACAUGGAGAAGGCAGCCACCUCAUGUGCAACCAUUGUAUGUUCACUCGUAUACUUCAAUUUCGAAUACGAUGUCCACUUGGUGUCAGUACGAAGCACUCAAAUACGUCUCUUUCCCUACUCAGACUAUUUGCAAGACUUCAAAAGUGGUUGUGACAAUGUUGAUGGGUUUAAUACUACGCGGUCAACGCUAUUCAUAUCAAGAGUGGAGUUGCGGUGGAGCUGUAGGCCUAGGUGCCAGUCUCUUUCUUCUGAGCAGUGGUCGAAGUCGUGCCGAAGGUGUUGUAACGUCGAUCUCAGGAAUGCUCUUAAUGAUUGGGUACUUACUGUUCGACUCGUACACAUUGAACUACCAAAAAAAGUUGUUUGACAAGAAGCCGAAGAUCUCUAAGUAUCAGAUGAUGAUGGGUGUGAACGUCUUCUCAGCGAUUCUCUGCGCUGUUUCUCUCAUUGAACAGGGAACUCUUUUCUCAUCCAUAGAAUUUGCGCUGCAUCACGAAAACUUUGCUCGAGACGCAUUCUUCCUUAGUUUAUCAGGAGCCACAGGACAGCUCUUCAUUUAUUCUACAAUUGAAAAAUUUGGCCCUAUCGUCUUCGCAGUAAUGAUGACUAUACGACAAAUGUUAUCGAUUCUGUUAUCAUCGUUCUACUACGGUCACUCUCUAUCAAGCUGGUCUUUGGUAGGGUUCGCCAUCGUGUUUUCCGCGAUUUUCCUGGACAUAUACAGGCGAUAUUUCGAGAGGAGACGAGCAACGAUCAGGCAGUAG